AUGUUAAUUUAUAAAUGGGCAUUAAUAUUAUUCAGUGUUAAAAUAUCAUUCUCAUAUGUGGAAAAAGAUGGUCGUAUAAUAGAAUAUGACAAUUUUGAUGAAUAUAAGAAUUUGGUUAAUAAAAGUUAUGUACAUACGUAUGAUGAGCUCCGUAGCCGAUCAGCAUUUGAAGAAAAUAGUGCGGCAGUACGUCAGCAUAAUGAGCUAUUUAAUAGCGGAAAGAGUUCAUUUCGUUUGCGAACCAAUAUUAUGGCCGAUAUGAGCAACGACUCUUAUUUGAAAGCCUUCUUACGUUUAUUACGAAGUAAACGCGUCGAAGCUUUGGAUCAUGAUUCCGAACUUGUUGGCUCGCCAUUAAUGCAAGAAACACCCGAAUCAAUCGAUUGGCGAGAAAAGGGUUUCGUAACAAGUCCGGAUAAUCAAAAAACAUGUGGCUCAUGCUAUGCAUUUAGUAUUGCAGAAAGUAUAGAGGGUCAGGUGUUCAAAAGAACUGGCCGCAUUUUAAGCUUAAGCCCUCAACAAAUCGUUGACUGUAGCACAUCACAUGGUAAUCAGGGUUGUACCGGCGGAUCACUGCGAAACACAUUGAAGUAUUUACAAGAUACUGGCGGCCUAAUGCGUUCCAAAGACUACAAGUAUGUUUCGAAGAAAGGAAAAUGUCAAUUUGUUGCAGAACUAGCCGUUGUCAAUGUAACAUCGUGGGCAAUUUUACCGGCUAAAGAUGAGAAAUCCAUUGAAGCAGCAGUAGCCCAUAUUGGGCCGGUGGCCGUUUCUAUUAAUGCAACACCAAAAACAUUUCAAUUAUAUAGCGAUGGAGUUUAUGAUGACGAUUCAUGUGCAUCCACAAGUGUAAAUCAUGCCAUGAUGGUAAUUGGAUAUACAAAAGAUUACUGGAUCUUAAAAAAUUGGUGGGGUGAACUGUGGGGUGAAGAAGGCUAUAUGAGAAUUGCAAAAGGAAAAAAUUUAUGCGGCAUUGCCAAUUAUGCUGCAUAUGCUAUAGUAUAA